AUGAUUUAUUUGAAGACACUUCUCAAAGUGGUGGACAAUUCGGGAGCACAGAUUGCCGAAUGUAUUAAUGUGCUUCGCCACAAGCCCAAGAAUUGUGCUAAGGUGGGUGACCAGAUCACGGUGGUCAUCAAGGAAGCCAAGCCUAUGAACUCAGAGAUCACGGGCCAAAAUGCCAACAACAGAGUCAAAAGAAGGGAUAUUUGCCGUGCUGUUGUUGUGAGAACUAAAGCUCCUUUCAGAAGACCUGACGGUUCUGUUGUGAGAUUUGAUGACAAUGCAUGUGUGUUGAUCAACAAGAAUGGAGAUCCAUUGGGCACCAGAGUCUCCUCGGUGGUUGCCAAGGAAUUGAAGGCUUUGGAGUACAACAAAGUCGUUGCUUUGGCUCCAAAGGUUUUCUAG